AUGGCGACUGCUGGGACAGACUCGGGAUCAACAGCCCCUCCAGAUAUUAGGACUCAGUUCUGGAGAAGAGCUUUACAGCGAGGAGCCAGCAGUUUCAGAAAGAUGGCCCCUUCUGAGAUCCCUGGAUCUUCAGGCACAACUCAGAGCAUGAAGAAGACCAUUGGACACAGAGGGGUUGAGACCACAACCGGAGAAACCACUUAUAAGAAGACCACAUCCUCAGCUCUUAAAGGGGCCAUUCAACUGGGCAUCACGCACACUGUGGGCAGCUUGAGUCAAAAAGCAGAAAGAGACGUCCUUAUGCAGGACUUUGUUGUGGUAGAAAGCAUUUUCUUCCCCAGUGAAGGCAGUAAUUUAACACCUGCUCAUCACUACAGCGACUUCCGCUUCAAGACAUACGCUCCAAUCGCCUUUCGCUAUUUCAGAGAGCUGUUUGGGAUUCGACCCGAUGACUAUCUGUAUUCACUCUGUAAUGAGCCUCUUAUUGAGUUGUCUAACCCUGGGGCCAGUGGAUCGCUCUUUUAUGUCUCCAGUGACGACGAGUUCAUUAUUAAAACUGUACAACACAAAGAGGCAGAGUUUUUACAGAAGCUUCUACCAGGUUACUUCAUGAACAUUAACCAAAACAAACGCACCCUGCUGCCCAAGUUCUAUGGACUCUACUGCGUCCAGGCUGGAGGCAAGAACAUUCGCAUCGUUGUGAUGAACAACCUGCUGCCUCGAAUCAUCCCCAUGCACCUUAAAUACGACAUGAAGGGCUCCACCUACAAGAGGCGCGCGUCUCCCAAAGAGCGAGAGAAGGCCAGUCCCAUUUACAAAGACCUGGACUUCAUUCAGGACCUCCCUGAUGGACUUCUGAUGGAGGCGGACAACUACAACGCUCUGAGCAAGACCAUACAGAGAGACUGUCUGCUUCUGCAGAGUUUUAAGAUUAUGGACUACAGUCUUCUCAUGGGGAUCCAUAACAUGGACCAGGCCAACCGUGAGAGAGACCGCGGCUACUCAGGAGACAGCGGCGGGUCGGAGGGUGCGGUGACCCCAGACCAGCGGCGCCCCCAAACCCAGAGGAGCCUGUACUGCACUGCCAUGGAGUCCAUCCAGGGGGAGGCGCGAGGGAAGGGCGCGCUGGACUCUGAAGACCACAUGGGUGGUAUUCCAGCUCGAAACUCUAAAGGAGAGCGGUUGCUGAUCUACAUCGGCAUCAUAGACAUCCUCCAGUCUUACAGAUUUAUCAAAAAGCUGGAGCACUCCUGGAAAGCACUCGUCCAUGAUGGGGACACAGUGUCCGUGCACAGACCGGGCUUCUACGCUGAACGCUUUCAACAGUUUAUGUGCAACACGGUCUUUAGGAAAAUCCCCUUAAAAGCCUCUCCGUCUAAGAAGAGUCGCAGUGGGGGCCCGGGGCUCAGGAGAGCGCAGACACUGGGAGGUCCAACCCCGCUCUCACACACACAGUCGAUGGACGUCAGAUCAGUGCCUCAUCCUCACUUUAAAAGUACCGAGUCUGAGGGAGAUACCUACGUUCAUUCAGGGAGGCCAGACCUUCUCCCCAGGACCCCUCCCCCCCUCAACAGCUCUGCAGAUGCUGAGGCCAACCUCUCCAUGUCGUCUGUGGGCAGCACCGGAAUGAUGACCUCCUCUCCUCGCCUACGGUCUGUUGGGGUGGAGGUGCACAAGUCGGAGAAUACGGACCACGAACAAAUCACUCUUCACAGUUUGGACGCUGAUGGAUCUGCAAAUGUGACGGGCACCUCAUCAGGAAAUGAAGAUGUCAUUUCACUUUCUGAUGUUAUACCCGAGACUAACAUCACUUUUUAA